UUGCCCCACCAUCUCCGGCCAUCGAGGUACAAUGGCGGGCUCGAAAGAACCCUGAAAUCUCUCUCAAGUUCCACCAUUUCAGAUCCGCAUUUAUGUGGCAAUUUUAUCCCCGAUUCUUCUCCAUCGGCAGCCACCCGUACGCGAACCCUUCAUCUUCACUGGCAUCAGAUGGUCAAGAUCGAAUUGAAGUUCUCCAGGUGGUGUACGCGAGCCCUUCAUCUUCUCUUUGGACGGCAAGCAUAUGGUGCUCCUAGACUUUUUGUCGACCACAUCCGCUCCCUCUUAAAUUCCGCACCCCUUAAAACUCUCGUCGUCUCCUUGCUCAGUAUCUCGCUCGCUAGAAUCACCUCCUAUCAGCUUCGUCUUGAUUGGAUUGUUACCUCCACCUUGCAAUCAAGUGCUAAGAUUCCAAUGGUAGGAAAUGCAGUUGCUGUGCAUAUUGCUCGUGCAUUGAGAUAUUCCUUAGCUUUGGCAAUUAGAGGAUUGUCGGGUGAAAGCCCGUUGUUGACCCUACCCGAUGAAUACCCAAUCGUGAAAGACUUACCGUCU